AUGGCUGUGUGUCUCGCUAUUGUGGAAGCUAGAGCAAUGCUUAUGCAACGCUUGCAAUACCAGUCAAAGCUUGAAACUGAACAGCUAGAUCAUCAUAAGGAUGAUCAUGGAGUUCAGUUACGAGAGGACACCUUGAAAGAUGGUACAAAAGCAUUCCCAUUCAUGCGACGGGAAGCAGCUUCUGUUAUGCCCAUAACAGAAAUUGAGAUUGAGAAGCAUCCUAUCCAUGUAACUGAAGUUGCAGCUGUGGACAAAUCGGUCAUCAAAGAGGAGCUGCCCAAGGAUCAUACUGAGACCUCAAAUAUUUUUGCAAGAGGCCUUUGA